GCCCAACUCCAGGUACCUUAGUAGUUACAAAGUUACAAAGUUGCAAUGCAUCAACAUAAGCACAUGGUCUUCCUUUAUUUUAAUACAUAACAAAGCAAAAAUCUCUUAAAUGCGUUUCUUAUUUAUUUUUUAUCUUUCAUUCAUCAAAUAUAAUUUAAAUCGAGCCCAAUUUCCUUAGGCAGCUUCUUACUGCGGUACAAGCUCCAUGAUGGAGACCAAUGAACAACCCCAAUUUGUGCCUUUCACCAAGGCUGAGCGCAUUGAACAAUUAGGCGAGAUCGAUCGGAACAUCGUAAGCCUACUACGCUCCACUGCUCAAGCCAUUCAAACCCUCGGAAGACAACAAUCCCAAGGGGAGGAUACUAUCAUGACAGACGAAAAAGACCAGCAAUCGCAGGUCUUCCAAAGCUCGAUGAAUGAUUUCCUCCGUACGUUGCGAGCUGUUAACGUCGGUAUGAAACGACAGAUAUGGGGUCUUGAAGAGGAGCAUAUCAUAUCCCUGGAAAAUAAGGACGGUCCUAAUACUAGAGAUGAGGGCGGCGAGGCCCAGGGAGUUGGCAAUCGCAAUACCCCAAUCAAGCCGGAUGGCGAUGGGAAGAUUGGUGGACUCGAUGUGGGCUGGCUCAACAGCCGAAGCGACGAGGUUGAGAGGGGUAUGGAGACUGAUCUUUGGGCCGAAGCCGAGUCAUAUCUACAACGGCUUCUAAAGCAACACGAGGCCACCCAAAACUAGGAACAGAUGAUGGAUAUGCGAUGAGUUUACUCUAUGGUUGACUGAGAUGUCCCAUAUGAUGAGGGUUAAAAUAGGACAGCAUUAGCAUUUGACGGCGUUUAAGGAGUACGGGUAUACCAUAGGUCUUAUCCAUCUUCAGUCUGCCUAUUAGGUAGCUGAAUUAUAUUUGUUUUUUUUUUUUUUUUUUUCAAACCUGAUAUAAAUUCUAGCCAAUAAGGGGAUC